AUGCGUCCAACUGCCCGCCAAUUCACUCUCCCCGACUUGUUUUCCAUCUGUCCCCUCCAGGACGCGACCAAUCCCUGGUAUAAACAAGCGGCUGCUGAGUCUCGCGCAUGGAUCAAUAGCUACAACAUCUUCACCGACCGCAAACGCGCCUUCUUCAUUCAAGGCUCCAACGAACUCCUGUGCUCGCAUGUUUACGCAUACGCCGGCUACGAGCAAUUCAGAACCUGCUGCGACUUCGUCAACCUACUGUUCGUCGUCGAUGAAAUCAGUGACGACCAGAACGGCCAGGAUGCACGGGCCACAGGUCGGAUAUUCGUCAACGCUAUGAGGGAUGCACACUGGGACGACGGUUCCAUCCUUGCCAAAAUCACACAUGAAUUCCGCGAGCGCUUCGUCCGCUUGGCUGGUCCGAAAACCGUUCGACGAUUUGCUGACCUUUGCGAGAGCUACACCGAUUGCGUUGCCCGAGAAGCGGAACUGCGCGAACGGAAUCAAGUCCUCGGAUUGAACGAUUUCAUCGCCCUUCGCCGACAAAACAGCGCAGUUCUACUUUGCUACUCCCUCGUCGAAUACAUUCUGGGGAUCGACCUUGACGAUGAGGUCUACGAAGACCCUACCUUUGCCAAGGCGUACUGGGCUGCUUGUGAUUUUGUGUGUUGGGCCAACGACGUCUACUCUUAUGACAUGGAACAAGCGAAAGGCCAUACGGGCAAUAACGUCGUCACGGUGCUGAUGAAGGAGAAGGAUCUCAGCUUGCAAGAAGCAUCAGAUUACAUUGGGCGAGAAUGCGAAAAACAAAUGCGCGACUACCUGGAGGCCAAGUCUCAACUACUACAAUCCACCGACCUGCCGCAAGAAGCUGUUCGAUACAUCGAAGCUCUGGGUUACUGGAUGGUCGGAAACCUAGUAUGGAGCUUCGAAUCCCAACGAUACUUCGGUGCUCAACAUGAACGGGUGAAGGCGACGCACGUCGUGCACCUUCGACCAAGCAGCGUUCUCGAAGCAUCAUGCGAUUCCGACUCUGACAGCGACUGUUGA